ACGGAACACACGUGUUUUUUCUGCCAUAUAUAUUUUUUGAUAUUUUUACGGUCCUAACAUUUUGUGUAUAAAAUAUUCGAAAUGCCCCCGGCGCAUCAUCCGUCCAUCUUAGAUGAUGAUGAGGAGUCAACCAUCCAGCAAACCGAACCCAUAAGCUUGCCGCUUCCGGAACCGACUUCUCCUGACGAAAUCAUCAUGUACCUCAUUUCCAUUGAGAUACCCAUUUUUAGUACACUCACAAUAAGUAGAGCUUUACGCAUUUUCCAAUUGUGCAACGAGGGUCUGAGUACCGACUUGUGGAUUGCCAUAGGGGUCGCGCCACUGCCACCCAAGCCCAUUGAGGUCGAUUCCAUUGCGCACGAGUUUGAUUAUAUGGAACUGUUCGUGCUAGUUGACCAGGGUAAUCUGGAGGUCAUCAGAGAGUGUGGAUUUCUCCAGUUGCUUUGCAUGAAUUGUGCAGUCAACCUUAGCCCAGAAUUUUCAUUUGAAUAAACAAACUUUUGCGUGGGGCAAAGUGUUUUAUAUCUA